AUGUCGGGUGCCGAGAGGUGGACCGGCCGUUGCCUCGUCACCUCCAAGGUGAGGAUUCGCCUACAGACUCACAGGCGACCUCAAGAUAGGCGUUUCCCUGCUGAGUUGAAUAUCGGUUUGUUGUCGUUGGCUGCACACCUUCUCCAAUUCAGCAAUGAACUGGCCCAAAGGCUAGCCAACCUUACAGUCGUCGUCGCCGCCGCCGCAAACGCCGCCGACGAGAACGCCUCUGUGGCAGCUGAUAGUGCCAGCUGUGGCACACGGUGCAGUCUACCACCCUAG